AUGUCGCGCUUACUAAUUGUUUUGUUGAAUAUAUUUAUUUACAAACAUGUCAGUGGAUAUUUGGAUACGUACGUACCGAACCAUCGGCACGCAUUAGACAUGCAACUGUAUGAAGACGUGUUAGAUCCAGAGCUGUGUGAAAAACAGCUUCAAUAUAUGCGAGAGAACAAUACGUUGCUACUCUUAGAGUUUUUGGAUGCUGGAAUACGUAUACCUCGCGGUAUAUUCAAGGGUGGUUUUGUCGAUAUGGGAAACUAUUUUCAAUGUUUGGAAAUUAGCAAUGAAACACCUGAUUUCGUUGUUGAAGGCAAAUACUGCACUAUCAAUAUGCCUUUGGAGCAAGACUUGGAAUUGCCUGAUAUUCCUGGCUUGCCUUUGCGAACUGAACUCGGGAUUCGACUUAAGGAUUUGGCAAAAGAGAGAGAAGUCCUCUAUAAACGUGAAAGAAAGGAAGGAAAACAAAGGGAUCUUCUAAGCUCAAGCCCUGUCUUCAGUUUGGCCUUGUGCCUACCUACACCGUGCACGACACGUGAGUUCCUAGACGGUUUCGUUAUCAAUACUACAGAAUUAGGACUUACAUACGAGGAUAAUUACUGCCGGAUGACGAAUGAUAAACCCUAUGUAGCAGCGGAUUACGUCGCAUUAGGCGUUUUCGGUACGAUAAUAUUACUAACAAUACUCAGCACUUCCUAUGACGUCAGACACACAGUUAUCCAGAAAAGAGACCCUGAAAAAUCAAACAAACUGCUCAAAUCGUUUUCGAUAUACACGAAUACGAAACGUCUGGUCGUCUACAAGCCGGUUAAUGGAGCUAUCGAAUGUCUCGACGGCGUUCGUGCCUUAGCCAUGGCCUGGGUCAUUGUUGGACACACGUUCGUGACGCAAAUGAACGAACUGAAUGCCAAUCCCAGUGAUUUGCUUGAUUAUAUACUGUCGCUCCCGUCAGUGUGGAUCACGGCCGGACCCAUAACCGUGGACACAUUCUUCAUGCUCAGCGGCUUCUUAAUCGUGUAUACGUGCGCGGGGAAGUUUACCGGCAUGAAACUACUGAGGAAUCUCCAUUUUUUUUACCUGAACCGUCUCCUGCGGAUGUUCCCCACGCUAGCCGCCUUCAUUUUGAUACAAGCUUCGCUACUGAACCGGGUCGCCGACGGCCCCAACUGGAGGAUGGUUCUUGAAAACACGAAUGCGUGUCGGAUGAAUUGGUGGACGACCCUAUUGCACGUGCAGAACCUAGUCAACCCUCUGCAAAUGUGUCUUCCUCACACUUGGUACCUGGCUAUUGAUGUUCAAUUACAUAUUCUGUCGCCUCUCGUCCUGUUCUGGGUCCUCGGCAGGAGGAAGAGAAUAGCUUGGUCAGCUCUUGUGAUGGCCUUGGCGACAGCAUUAAUCGCAUCCUCCAUUUAUAACACCAUAAACAAGUUCUCUUCGGGACCUGUGAUACCAUCUCGCCCCGACGACCAGGAAGAUUACAUGAUUUAUUUUUACCUGCACACGUUAACUCGAUGUUCGCCUUUCUUCGUUGGAAUGAUCUAUGGGUAUCUGAUGCAUUUGUAUCGCGAUAGAAAAUUUAUCAUGUCUAUGUUUCACGCUGUCUUAAUAUGGAUAUGCAUGGGAGUUUUGGCCGCUUCCGUUUUGUACGUCAGCAAUCCGAUAAUGCAACUGGACUGGGACAAUCAGCCCGUCGACACUUUGAUCAACUGCUUAAAGAGACCUAUCUGGGCGAUGGCGGUUGGUUGGCUCGUUUUCGCCUGUGCUCAAGGAUACGGAGGUCCCAUAAAUUGGAUGCUGUCUCUCCGCAUGUGGAAGCUGCUGAGUCGUCUCUCGUACGCCAUGUACAUUGUCCACUACCCGCUGUUGUUCGUCGUGAAUUCGAUGACAUUAGUGCCGGUUUACUUUUCAGUGCAGAAGUCGAUCUUUAAGUUCCUCGCUGACUUCACGCAAUCUUUCCUAGUGGCGUUUCUGCUGACGGUACUCGUGGAUUCCCCUUGCUCCGUUCUGAUCAAGCACGUCAUGGGCGGAGGUCCUAGAACAGCAAGGAAGCCGGCAGUAGAAGACUUGCCGUCGAAAUUUGGAGCUCAAGAAGUACCCGUCACCGUGUUUGUUACUGAACAAGGAAAGAUCGGCAAGUCCUAAACUAAAUCAACGCAGUCGAUCUUACCAAAAAAUAUGGGUCUGAUUACGCAAGAGUUUGUCGA